AGUUUUCAUUUCAUAGUGAUCGAAUCUAAAAUAAUAAUUAAUAACAAUCAUGUUUGUGCCAACAUUCGUAGUUCUUUUCACCCUUGCGAUAUAUCAGGUCGCGUCAGCACCUAUCGACGACAGGGUUCAAUUCGAUGGAUCGUUCAAACGCCUGUACCUGCCUUACAUCCAAUCAGUGACCAAGGAUGGCACCAAAACUAUCUUGUCAUCCCAAGAUUUGCUCGACUUGAGCGAAAAGCUGAAAUCUGGAGAAGUGCCGGUAACAACUACUCAUCAACUGAUUGGCAUUAAUGGCUUUAAUUACACGCUAUCCGACCACCAAUUGCGGCGCAUGGUAGACCAUGAAAUAGCUGCAAUCGUCAACCCGCAGGAUCUCGACCAGCCAGGAUUUGGACAUUUAUUCAUCACCGUGGACAAGAACGGCGUUGUGCAGACUUUUAUCUACAACUUGACUCUAGAAGAAGCUUUGGAGAAAGUUGAAGAAGAAGGUUAUCCGAACUCAUCCGCCAGUGAUUCUUAUCACCAAAAUAAACCUGCAACUGCCAGUGUGCCCGUUGCUUCAAAUUAA